AUGUCAGAAAAAUUGGACAAUACUUUAAUGAUCAUAGCAGCUGGAGAAUUUUCUAUGGGAAUCUUAGGAAAUGCAUUUAUUGGAUUGGUAAACAUCUUGGAGUGGAUAAAGAAAAGGAAGAUUGCCUCCAUUGAUUUAAUUCUCACAUGUCUGGCUAUUUCCAGAAUCUGUCUAUUGUGCAUAAUACUACUAGACUGUUUUAUAAUGAUGCUGCAUCCAGAUGUCUAUUCUACUGGUAAACAAAUGAGAAUUAUUGACUUCUUCUGGACUCUAACCAACCAUUUAAGUGUGUGGUUUGCCACCUGCCUCAGUAUCUUCUAUUUCCUGAAGAUAGCAAAUUUCUUUCACCCCCUUUUCCUCUGGAUGAAGCGUAAAAUUGAUAGGGUGAUUCUCAAAAUCCUGUUAGGGUGUGUGGGCCUCUCUGUGUUUAUUAGCCUUUUUGUCACGGAGAAUUUGAAUGAUGAUUUCAGGUACUGUAUCAAGGAAAAGAAGAAAAGAAAUGUAACAUUGAGAUGUAGAGUAAAUAAAGUUCAAUAUGCUUCCACCAAGAUCCUUCUCAACUUCUUAAUGCUAUUUCCCUUUUCUGUGUCACUGGUCUCAUUUCUCCUCUUGAUCCUCUCCCUGUGGAAACACACAAGGAAGAUGCAGCUCAAUGCCACAGGAUACAGAGAUCCCAGCAUAGAAGCCCACUUAGGAGCCAUGAAAGCUGUUACCACCUUUCUCCUCCUUUUCGUUAUCUAUUGUUUGGCAUUUCUUGUAGCCACUUCCAGCUAUUUUAUGCCAGAGACUGAAUUAGCUGUGUUGGUUGGUGAGUUGAUAGCUCUAAUUUAUCCUUCAACCCAUUCAUUUAUCCUCAUUCUAGGAAACCAUAAACUAAGAGAAGCAUCUCUCAGGGUGCUAUGGAAAGUAAAGACUAUCCUAAAAAGAAGAAAUUUCUAA